UGCGUAACGUUUCUUGACACCGGUAUGAACCUAUGAAACCCAAGUAAAGUCUUUUAUUAAUCGAGAAUAAAACACUGUACACUGCAUAUUAUAUAAAUAUUAGCCAUGUUUUAAUUGUGUGUAGGGCGACCAUAAAAUAUCAGACAAAAUGUGGAGUGUUUGUGUUCCCGGCUGGAGUGUCAUCCUUGUGGCUGGAACAUUAUUACUGUAUGGAACCCUGGACGUUGCCUACUUCGCCAGAAUGAUGUACACCGUAACAAAAGCGAGAUACUUCAGAAAGAAAGCCUGCAUUUUAGAUACAACGGAAGUUCAAUCAUGGUGCCUACUCACCGACAUAGAUACACUGCUGUAUCACAUGAACAACGCGCGGUACCUUCGCGAGUUGGACUUUGCCCGGGCAGACUUCUACGAAAGGACGGGCCUGUACUCAAGCAUUAAGGCUGCGGGUGGUGCUGUACUUCAGGCCGCCGCCACCAUUCGAUACAGAAGAUACGUGAAGCCUUUCUCCAAAUUUAAAAUAACUUCGAAAGCUGUCUUUUGGGACGAUAAGACCUUGUUCAUGGAACACGAAUUCAUCGGACCUGGUGGCUUCAUCCACGCAGUGGCUGUCUGUAGGCAGAGGGUCAUAGACAUUUCAGCAUCAACUAUCGUUGAGCUGCUACUCCAAUUGCAUUGUGGAGGAACAUGCAAGCCUCAUCCUCAGAAGAUGCCACCCGAGUUGGAAUUAUGGGUACAAAGCAACGAACUCAGUUCAGCGAAACUCAGAUCACAAACCAUACCAGUACCAAUCCCCGCUAUCGAAGUACCCCCGCCAACGGAAUGCGGGGAAGUUAUCACUUCGACCGAGUGAGACUUGCCCCACUGCCCGGAAGGAGAACUGAGACAUCGGAAUGUGUAAGUGAGAUAGAUAGAGGGUAUCGGGUUCGGGCAGUGACGACAACGGCCAUUUCAAAUCGGUACGUCAUCGGGAGUGCACAGUGCAUAUUAUGACGCUUGUGUGAACUUAAAUAAUGUUUUCUUGUACUUGUUGCCAUUGUGAUUAUAUAUCGCCAAAGUCGUGUGUUAAUUUGAAUUUUGUGGAAGUAUAUUUAUUAUAAAUUUCAUUUUCAUCAAGUUUGUAAAACUCAUUACUUACCUCAUAGCUAAAUUGUGCGCACAUAAUAUUUGAUAUUAUCGUCAUUAUUUUGUUAUUUGUAUCAUAUUUAAUCAUUUUGAGUUUUUGAGAAAUUUAAAUGUUAUCCUAAUUAUAUACGGGAACCGUGAAUGAUGAGUAGCUGACACUGUAGUAGUGUUAAAAACAUAAUAUUUCAUCUUUAAUUAGUUUAGGUAAACUAAGAAUUACAUGUUAAUAAUUAUAAAAAUGGACUUUUAAAUAAACGUAAAUGAAAAAAAUGUAUAAACGCUGAAUUGAAUCCUCAAGUAAAAAAGUACUUACUCAGUGUGUAUUUGAAAUUGCAUAGACAUCAGAACUUUAUAUUUUUUAGAAGUUAUACUUUCUUUUGGCACGAUGGAGAAAAAUGAUGAGAGUGAAUUUUUUAGAUGCGCGCGCACACCGACACCUGAAUUCUACAUCGUGAAGUUAGUUCUAGGUGGCAUGAAAAUCGAUAACUAUGUUCAAGUUGUAUAUUCUAGUAUUUUUAUAUUUAGAACACGUGUUUCGUUACAGUAUAAUUAAACAGUGUGAAUAAAUGAAUAUUAA